CUUCCUCCCACUCCGUCACUCCUCCAACUGAACUGCUCAACCGCACCCCUCCUUUCACGCACCCUUGCCCGAAAAAAGUCAUUGCCGCUGCCAUAACUUUCUUCCCUCAAUUUCGAAGCAGUACUUAUUUCGACCUCUACUUCAGAGUCCGCACACGCCACGGAAACAAUCGCCGAGACCCAAGUCUUAUCAUCUUUCGCUGGUCACCAACAAGACGGCGCUCGGGCCCUUCUUUGACAAACCCCUCCCUCAUCACCACAUUCAUCUACACGAGACCUGAAAAUUGCGGUGAACCGAACGAUUCAGUUGCAACGAUCACCUCAUCGACCUACUGGGUUGUCCUUGGACAUCUUCGCAACAAAGGAACCCUUCCCACCCAUUGUCCGAACCUGAGUUCCGAAACGCAAUUGCCUAUUUCACGAAACGGUUGAAAGUGGUUGUUCUUCUCUCGGAUUAACGAGCAGACCUGUACACAAUCUAGCUGGUAUUGGACCUCAAGUCUUGUGGGAAUCUUAGAAGUGUUAGGGAGGAAAGAGAAGCCAACAUGAACCCACACCAGAAGAACAAGAUUGACCUCAGUAAACUAUCGGCGGAUGAGCAGCGUCUGUUCAGGCUGUAUGGCAAGCUGCCAAACAAGAAGGAUCUCUUGCAGAACAAGUUGAAGGAACGCAAGUAUUUUGACUCCGGUGACUAUGCUCUGUCAAAAGCCGGAAAGGCCUCCGAUACUGGCGUAACAACCAUCGGUACCGAGCAUCCCAAGGCAGAGGAGAUCCCACACACCAGCCCUCUCAUGCAUACUAUCUCGCGCAACGACUCAGUCUCGGGAGUAGCGGGAUCUCCGGAUGGUCAGCACAUGCUGCCCCCCGCAGGCUUCCACCGCGGAAGUAUCAACGGAAUCCCUGGUAGUAGCCUCCCUGGUGCCACCGGCCGCAGCCCCGUCAAAGAGAGCAGCUUUCUGGCCAGGAGCGCAAGUAUUGUCGAAAGCGACGGGAACGACACCCAAACCGGCGACAAUGCAGGAAGCAACCUAGAAGGGAGCAUCAGCCCGCCGGCUGUGAAGGAGGGAAUCCCUAUCCGAAGAUGAUCACGAUCUAUGCACGUCUUAAACCCGGCAGGGCCGGUAUUAUGGCGAUUGAGACAGGUCAUGAUGGCUUAGCACCGCUACGCUGCCAUCUACGAAGGUGCAUGCUCAGCUCAGCCAACUUGUGCAUCGGUGAGCCGUUAGCUGAUGUCGGCGGUUGAGGCGGAGACUGGGGGCGAGAGCCGAUCUUUGCUUUGUCUUUCGGGUGAAACUGCGCCAAUAUUGCAGAAAUGACAUGGCUCGCCGCCGGAAAGCAUUCGUUACGGGCCCGGUUCUGGUACCAAGCUAUGCUAUGCUACCUUAUGCUAUGCUUUUGUUGUUAUGUGUGAUGUUCACGAACAGGAGCUGCGAAGUUUAUCGAAUGGGACGGUGGCGUUUUUGCUUUUGCUGUAUCUGUCAAUUGCCACGUCUCCGCGUUAUGUCCACAGCUUGAGCUGUCAGGGAGAGAGGUUUCCGUCGCCAGCUCGUGGUAAGAGCUUGAAGUCGCCAGGGUCCUCAUCCUGUCAAUACUUCCGUGACAGGCCAAAGCCUCACGGACAAGACUACGUAGCAACACGAGAUUCCAAACAC